CUAAAUUUCUGGAAUUCACUACUUCCACUACUUUCACUACCUCACCCAGUACAUGCUUUUACUACCGAAGUAUGGAGACGCAUAUAUAAUACUAAUAUGAAUGAUUCGUCGCUAUCUUGUAUUUGUUCACUUAGAUCCCUUCGAACAAUAUCAUAGCCCAAGAUGGCACCGAUACCCCUUCAGCACCCAUUGAGUAUCAUCUCACUGGCUACAGUUGGUAUCCGUCUUAUAUCAAUCCUCUACUUGAUAUAUGCCGUCGCCGCUAGUCUAUAUACAUCAUACAAAUCUUUAGGCCCAAGCCAGGACACGCGAUCACGCCUCGCACAGCGCAAGAGAUUAGUUCCAAUCUUUCUCGGGCUUGCUGUUACAGCUUUUUCUCUGGCCACCUACACAUCUCUAAAUUCAGUCAUCAUAUCGUAUCGAACGUGGGUCUAUGAACAUGGCCUUGAUCAACCGGAGCGAUUCAUCCCCGAAGAAACACUCUUCCCAGAACCAGAUAAUUCAAGCGUACUAGAUCCUGUCUAUAUAGCCCACUGGCUGAGUGAUACUUCGCCUUACUUUGACAGCCUCGAAAUUGUUGCCGAGAAGGCUCGCCGCUUUUGGUGGGGCCAGCAGAUCGAUCUCGCCACCAUAGCAUUCAGCUUUCUAUUGUCGAUCGAAGGACGACGACGAAACAUCCCACUAACUUCCGCCUUUCUCGCCCUGGCACAUCUCGUCAGCCUAUCCUUUGCCCAGAACCUGUUCUUUCUUGCCCUUCUCUUAACUCCAGCGCCGUUGUCGCAAGGAAGGGAGGGUUUUGGGCUUCCAGUGGCGCCCUCGAGAUUGGUCCAGAUCCGUGAUAGGUUCUUCCCACGCAAGCCAAAGAAUUGGUAUCUGAGUCCUGGUUCAUUUGGGUUGGCUCUGGCUAUCAACUAUUCAACAAUAUUUUUACUUCCUCUGGCCGCCGAGACGCCAUCAUUUGUGAACGUGGUAUUCUUCACUCGCGCCUCCACUUUCUUGCCCCUGAUUCUACCAAGGAUUGCCCCGACAAGUUGGGGUACUAUUCACGCACACCCACAUGACGCAUACCGCCCAUUCACAACAAUUUAUCGAUCCGUUUCUUUCAUGUCCUUCGUAUACUACGCUAAGGCCACCAUCAUAGCGCUCAUCGCAAAUAUCCCAAAUUCACAUCGUCACCGACAUAGCGUUUUCUUCGCAUGGGAUAUGGAGGAACGCACAAAUUGGGAACGCAGUAGUACAGCAGUAGGUAAAGUGCUAGGUUCGAUCUUUGAUCAUCCUGCCGUGCUGGCUGUUGGUUGGGAUGUCUUGAUAUGUACCUUCAGUCUAGGUCUUUGGGCUGCUGUUCGAGCUACAAACACUCAACAUAUCAUCUACUCGACAUAUCUCAAUUACGGCUUCAACCAUAAGUUCGAGGACCCUGUCGAAGACACCAAGAGACCAAGUUUAAAUAUUAAACCCGAUCCCGAGCUCUGUGAGGAUGUUGUAUCAGAACAUUCAAUGACUCUGAGAAGCCGAAGAAAAUCGACGAGGCUGGGAAGCGUUGCAAGCUCGACUGCCCCUAGCGAGGAAGGCGUUAGGACUCCUGGGAAGAGGCGAGGACGAUCGAAAAAGACUAAGAAACCUGAGGAAGAGAAAUCAUAUGAGCCUACGCCGUCAGAAGCCAGAGACAUAGUGGAGGGAGAUAUUUUACCAGCUGACAAGUCGGAUUGGGAAUCAGGUGCUCUAGCAUGGGGCAUAGCCGCAUUUUCCGGACUCGGCUCUGCUACUGCUGGUGUCUUCGGGGCAGAAUGUGUCUCUAGAUAAGGUAAUCAAAAGUCUGGUUGUGCUGGGUUUGAUAAGGAGGGCAUGAAAACAUGGACUGUAUGGGUAAAAGGACUAGCGUAUGAUACAGAUGUGAUGUUUUCGUCAUUUUCAAGGUUGGCUACCUACUUGGUAGAAUACUUCAAUAUUUCGUACCACGAUUACUCUCCAAUUAUAGUGCGCAUUUUCCAUUGAUACAGCGAGUCCCCUGGCCUUAUACGAACCGAAAAACUACAGCUUUCACAUCCCUUCCAUAUAUGCUUCGUUCUCGGAGAUUACGGGUCAGGG